AUGAAACAAAGAAACAGUUAUACAGGGGGAACAAACUCCUUUUUCAGAUCUCAUUCUCAAGACUUAUCUCUAUCGAAUCUCCUUCCGUUCUCAAGAGAAGUAGCUGGAUACAGUAGGAGGAAUCUGAGAGCAUCGCGUUCUCCAUUGCUUCUUCAUCUUCUUCUUCAAACAGUUGGAUCUAUUUUGGAAGAUUUCUCAAGAGUUGAAGCAUAUGAGCGGGUAUUUCUUCAUCACUCUCGGCAAGCUUUCCGCAACAACACCAUCAUCAUCGCAUCUCUUGUAGCUUCAUCUUCGAGAAUCUUCAUGCAUACCUACAACGAUAAGAAAAAAGAUUAUCGAAUCAAAAAUGAGUCGCACCAUGAGAGAAGAAUCGCGACGGUGAAGGUGAAGAGGUUUCUGCCGCCGCGAGAGAGGAGGGUCGGUCUUGGCUUGUGGCGGCGACAUUGGAUGAAGGAGAGAAGUGAUGUUGAGACUACGGUGAAGAGGGCAAACAACGGCCUUACACUGCAAAUCAAAGAAAGGGAGAGGGAUGAACGGCGGCGGUAUGUGGUGAAGCCGAAUCACGGAGGAAGACGGUCGGAAACCGAGAUUGUCACGGUGAAGGCACGAGCGAAGUGA